AAUAUGUGUGAGGCUCUGCCCUGCCACAAGAGAGCUUGUUAAUGUUGUUUCUUCUGCCAAAUAGACAUUUGGAAACUCAGGCAUGGAUUUAUGAGUGAAAUGAGUAUGAAAGUCUAAUAGGAUCUGCUCUACUCAGUGCUGUAUUAAUAGUACGGAUAAAGCUCUUUCUCCUCUCCACGUGCUUCAUCUGCUCCAGCGGUGCUUAAAGAAUAUGACGAUGAUGAAGACGCAGCUGUGUCUCUCUCUCCUUCUCUCCUGUCUUCCUGCCAUUUUUGGCGCCCCACAGCCUCUCAGAUACCUGGAUGAAAGCCAACUGAAGUUGUUGUCUGCAGAGGGAGAGCGCUAUAUGGAUGAGGAGAUGAAGAGGGCGCUGCUUGGGGUUAAACAGAUGAAAGAAACAAUGGACAAAACAGACGAAAGGCACCAACAACUCCUUAAGACCCUCAAGCAAAGUUUCGACAAGAAGAGGGGGGCAGAGCAGCUGGCCCAGGAGGCUGAGCAGAAGCUGCAGAUGGCCGAGCAGCAGUGUCGGGACAGGCUGAGGCCAAUGUGGGAGAAGUGUCGGCCAUGUUUGCAAGCCAGAUGUGGGUCCUUCUACACCUCUACCUGCCGGCGGAGCUCCUCCUCCUUCUCUCUCCAGGUUGAAGAAUUUGUCCGCAGAAUGGCUUCCAAGCUGGAUGAGGACCAAGACCAGCUCUUCAACCAGAGUCCAGACAGUCAGCUUGAGAUCCAAAACCAGACCCAGAUGCCAAUGGAUCAGAAUACUCCAGAAUAUCAAAACCAAGGAAGGGACUAUGAACAGCUCCUGAAAGUCUCCCCACCACCUAACAUGGACAAGGACCUGGUCUGGAUCAAGAAUACAUUCAGUCGCAUAGGGACUAAAGUGGCCUCUCUGUACUCACAUAGCUCAGCUUUAGUCUCUGGCAUGCGGCGGGAGCUUGGGUCAGCCUUCCUUUCUACCUUUACUGAAGAUAUCCAGCCUGAGCCCUCUUUACCCAGUGAGCACCUUCAGACAGGAGGUUUUGCUCUGAGUGGAAGUUUGCGUGGAGCCUUUGACUCGUUUAUGGAGAUGGGACGAAGUGUUCUGCAUGAGGUCAGCUCUGCUCUUACCCAAUCGUUUGAGGGCAGUGAACCAGAGGGAGCGACUCAGAAAGCAUCAGACUGGUUGCCAGGCUGGAUGUCGUCUCCAGGUGGUCAGCUGUGCAGACACCUGCGCAGUCGAGUGUCACAGUGCAGAGAAAAACAGAGCGAGUGUGACAACUGCCAUCAGGCCCUGCUCACAGAGUGUCCUGAAGUACCUGAGCAUUACUCAGAGCUAAGUGAAAUCUCUCUCCUCUUGAAUGCAUCCCGGAGUCAGUAUGAGGAGGUGCUGCAGGUGCUGCGAACGCACACGGAACACACACUUCGCUGGGCUGAGAACGUGACACGCAAACACGCAUGGGUCACUCACAUCAGUAAUGGCACCGCUCCCCCACACGUCUUCAGUCUGGUCAAGCUUGUUCCAGGUAGCUCAGGUCUAGUUGGAGGCACCAGGACAGAUACAGUUGUGGAGGUGUCGGUUCUAGACAGUCCUGUCCUCUCUCUCUCUGUCCCUGUUGAGCUGGAGCUUUCUGACCCGGCUUUUAUUCAGUACAUCGCUAAGGAGGCCCUGCUUGCAUACCAGAACACUCUGGCAAACGCACUUUACUCGUGUCAGGGUGGCCUUGCUCAUCCCACUUCACAUGAUGGCUGAUGCAUGAAGCAAAGAUGAAAUGUGCUGCUGCUGUGGCCAGAAGGAACUUCAGGUUGGAUCACCUUCAUGCAAAGGAC